GAAACAUCACAGAGUCAGUGUGUCCGCGGUUGGCCGCGAGACAUCAUCGAAAAAACACGUAAAUAAGACCAAAAAAUCGUCAGAAAAAGCCCGAGAAUUUCCGAACAAAUUCUCGAGGAAAAAAAAAUCACCUCAACAAAUAAAAUAAAUAAAUCGUGGAUGCAUGCAUCAUCAACCAAUCGUUCAUGCACACUCUCGUCGCUGUGUUGUGCCCACAGCACCCACGUUUACUCGUCCAUCUGUGUUUCCCCUGGAUAUUGUGGCGGCAACGGGUGAAAACAGUUGUCGUAUUGAGGAAGUGACAGUGUCUGUGGCAUUUGUAUUUUCAGUACAAAUGCAGUGAAUGUAUUUUUACGUGUGUCUGCGGUAGCCCCCGGUCCCCCUCCUCCUGUACCAUAUUAUUUACUUUUUUUCGUAGGAAAAAAAAAUAAUAGACCACCAACUGGGAGAGACAAACUCAUGUUUUAAAUGGACGCAUCGUCCAUUAUCACUCAAGUGUCGAGGGAUGACGAGUUGGGACACUUCAAUAACGAGAAAGCGCAAUUACCACGGGAGAAUGAACCGACCAACAAUGGACCAUCGGGUAAGAAGCCCCGAGGCCGUGGACUGCUGUGUUCACUGCUGUGCUGUCAUCGUAGAGGACGAAGUAGCUCCAAGAGCUCCAAAGCCAGUUCACUCCAGGGUGAUGGCAGAGGUACACCACCCCCUGGCACUGGUUCACCCAGAUUCCUUUUGCCACCAGUCAGGCAUCAGGAUAUGCACAAAAAGUGUAUGGUGAUUGAUCUUGAUGAAACACUGGUGCACAGUUCAUUCAAGCCCAUCAACAAUGCUGACUUUGUUGUACCAGUUGAAAUUGAUGGGACAGUGCAUCAAGUGUAUGUUCUUAAGAGGCCUUACGUCGAUGAGUUUUUGCAGAGAAUGGGAGAAUUAUACGAGUGUGUACUGUUCACAGCGAGUCUAGCAAAGUACGCAGAUCCAGUGGCAGAUCUGCUCGACAGAUGGGGAGUCUUCAGAGCUAGACUCUUCAGAGAAUCGUGCGUAUUUCACCGGGGUAAUUAUGUCAAGGAUUUGAAUAAACUCGGGAGGGACCUUCAACAGAUCAUCAUCGUCGACAAUAGCCCAGCUAGCUAUAUAUUUCAUCCAGACAAUGCGGUGCCAGUGGCUUCCUGGUUCGACGAUAUGACAGAUUCCGAGCUUCUCGAUCUAAUUCCAUUCUUCGAGAAGCUCAGCAACGUGGACAAUAUCUACACAGUUCUCUGCAACAGCAAUCAUCCGUAUAAUCAGGACCAAGGACAAAUGCAAAAUAAUUCAAGCCCAGGUGGUGAGUCAAUGGGUGCUUCCUAGCCCAGACGAGAGCCUGGCCUCGCGGUCAGCCUCGUUGCGUCACGCUGCACCCUGAGGAGGGCUCUCGACGGUAUACUCCGGGCAACUGGACUCACAUGUCGCUCUGUCGAUAACAACAAUUCCGUGAUGAGCUAAAAUCCAGUACGCAAUUGCUCCUUGCAACAGCUGGAGUUGACAGUUUGAAAUAAUUCAUUCAAUUUGUGGAUUAUCGUCUGGAGAUGGAAGAAGACAUGGUGUUGAGGCUGUUGAGGAGGUUUUACAUUAAUUAUUGAACUAUGACUGAUUGUCGAUUAAUUGAUUGAGAAGUUGAUUGAUUAAUUGAUGCUCAUUGAUAACUGAGAGACUACUACUGCCUUUUGGCUUCCAUUGAUCGAGCAGUUUAACAUCUUUUUUUUUUAUGAAAUAUCAAUAUGAAAUAUUUCGGGGAGUGACAAUGGUGAUGGUGGGCGAGGGUUAUCGACUGAGUCUUCUCUCGUCGUUUGUCUAAAUGUAUACGACGGGAAAUUUUGAAAUUUUGAGACCUGAGGGGCGAAUCCAAUGAGUCCAGGGGACUUAGUCAUUAAUGACUUUUUUUCAUUUGUUCAUUCUUUUUUAGAAGUUUUAAUGCAUAUCAGCUAUUUUUUUCAGUCUCCAGACGAUUAUAAUUGGAAUAAUAUCGAUAACUAGAUAGGUUUAGGUAGUCAUUGUUCAGAGAAUUGAAAAUUUUUUGAGAUUGAGAUUUUGGAGGGAAGUUUGAGGGGGAUUAUCCCGGGGUUGAAGAGGUUUAGGCCAAAAUGUCAUAAACCAUUUUCCGUGGAAAAUUUCAUUCUCUGGAAAACAUUUCAUGUCACAGUUUCCUACAGAUCGCAUUAGCCUCGAGAUAAAAACUGAAAAAUCGAAGUGAAAAUUUUUCACUUCCGUCCAGAAUCGAAUGACUUUCAUUUUAUCAUUCACAACAUCAAUGAUCCCUAAUAAAUCAUCCAAUGAGUGAACAAUAACUUCAACCAAUCAGCCAGUACUCUCCCUGCCUCCCCCCGCGUUAGGUUCGCCAGUCAAGUGUUACGUCUUGUGCACACGCGUGGAGAAGAAAUUUAAUUGUCUCGGAUUGCAGCAUCAAUCGUAGAAUGAAUAAUCCCAGCCCUCGAGAUCCCCCACUGUCUCGUUAUUCUCCGCCUUUAAUUCUUCCUCUUUCUCAUCGUCAAAGUGAGACUGAAAGAGAAUCAACUGCCACAAACAGAAGAGACGAGUUUAAAACACUUUGUUCUACCCUCGAGCACUCCUUUCCCCCCAUCGUCAAAUAGUUCUUGAUUUAUUUUCCGAUUGUUAUCGAGCCAUGAGUCACAGUUUACGAUUGAGAGCAGCAGUUGUACUUAUCUAAAUGCAAAUUAGUGUAUCGUGUUAUAGAUUAUCAAUACAUACUUCGAAGGGGGAGGGACAGUUGAUCAGUGACAUUUCCUUGACAAGUCCCACAUCUAGUUUUUUACGGGGAGAGAACUAUUCAGUAAAAAUUACGGGAAAAAUUUUGUAAUAAUUUCGUGAGGAAUUGAUUUUUUAAAUCGAGUUAAUGGACUUCUGGAGUAAAUUGUUGGAUUUUUUUAGAGAUCAUGAUGUUGCUCACAUAAUCGAGAGUUUGGAGAGGAAAAAAUUAAUGAAGUGGAAAAAUCACACGAUUAAUUAGUUGGCUAUCUCGGUAAUGACAAGUUUUUGGAGAAAGUCAUGAACUUCUAGGGAAUUCAGACAAUUUCCGCGUAAAGUAGAAUUUUUUAUAGAAAUAAUUUAUGACAUUUCCCCUAGAUCCACUGAUUGUCAGGUGAAUCAAAAAAAAAUUUUUAUCGAACCAAAAUUUCGGCAAAAAAAUUUCACUUCAUUUCUGAAUUCAUCGCAUUAAUUGAUAAAAAAAUUGAAAAAAAUAAAAUGUCUGUGAGAAAAUUAAAACUAAGCUAUUGGGAGUAUCGUCAGCUGCGUUAUGCUGGGACUAGAAGUGGAAUGAACACGACAUUAAUGCACAAUAGCAGUUGAAUAAACAUCUGCAUAAACGACAGACUAUAAGGACUCCGCAAGUGUGUUUUAAUCGACUGGGGCUCAAUCUCAGAAUGCUUAUAACGAUUAUUUUAUUUUUUUUUCUUUCGUAAAUGCAAAAAACAGAAAUUAGUGAACAAAUUGGUGCUUCCGUAAUUAACGAGAGGGGUUAAUUGAUAAUUGAAUGAUUAGUGAGCAAUCAAGCAGCGAGCCCCUCGGGCUCUCUUCGCAAACGGUUCCGUCGACUUUUUUUAUAAUUAUACAAUUUGUAACAGGAGGUAAUUUUUUUAAAUGUGAAAUCAUUGUACUCAAGUAGGACGAGUUAUCCAUGUCCACGUCGAUUUUCCUAUUGGAAGAAUUAUUGAGAUUUUUAUUACUUUUUAUGUAGAGGCAGCUGUGAAGCUAUCACAGGGGCACGUGGUAUCGUGAUGAAUUGGCCAUUUAUCGAUGACAAAGUCGCCUGAUUUUUUGAAGAUUUUGGUUGUGAAGAAUUUUCAAAUAUAUUUUUUAAUGAAAUUGAAUCGACAAAUGGAAUGUCAGGAGAAAUGGAUGAUUAGGAUUUUUUUAAGUGCAAAUAUAUUUAUGAAGGGUCUAAUGUUACGUUUUUUUAGAUUAGGUGUCCAUCCAGACAAUUCUCUUUUAUUUUGAGCUUAGGUUACAGUCUACGACCAUUUAACCCUUAGAAUCGACCUUUGAUUACACCUCCUUGACCCCCAAGCAAAAUGGAAAUAGAGAAAUAAUUAUGAGCAGCCCUUUUCUUCUGGUAUUUCAUUAAUUGAUUCACUACUUCAACAAGACAAUUCAUUGUCAGGAGACAUUCUUCAUUUCCCUGGAUUCCUCAGAAGGAAAUUCUCGACAGUUCCGCUCAAAACCCUCCACUCACAAAAUCUUCCAAUAAAAUCAACAUCACCGGAUUCUAGUAUAUGAAUAUUUGGCAAAGAUUUUUUUCUUCAGUGUUAACUUCAAAAAAGAAAAACUUUAAAAAACCGUUUUUCGUACUCCAAUCAUCAGUAAAACUAAUUAACCACACUAAUCACCCGGUACUUAUGAUAAAGCCAAGAGGAGCAGAGAGCUGCCAAUGCAUGUAAAACAUUGGAAUGACAAACGAAAAAUGAUGAAAAUGAGAACGAGAAAAUCGCUAUGAUUGCUUGCAAGUACAAAGUUGUUACGUUUUAGAGACGGCCACGACAAAAACGAGGGGGUGGAAGGAUAAAUAGUUUUUUGAAUGAAGAGAGAAAUGUUGGAAGUAGCUUAAAUGAAAAAAAUUGAAGAGAAAUCAUGAGAAUAACAAGGAAUAUGGAAGAAUCGAGUGAAAAACACCUAGCGCUUUAACUGGAAAAUUCCUUUGAAAAUUCCAUCGAUAGAAAAUGUUUUUCAAUUAAAUAAAGUACUCAAUUUUACAGGAAAUCCUCGUUGCUCAGAUAUUGAUAAAAAUUUUGAUAAAUGAAUAAAUAAAAAAAUACACAACCUGUAUUUUUCAUAAAUAAGAAAAAUUUGAGAUGGGGUUCGAAGAACCGGGUGUAAAAGAAAAUGUUGGAAAUUUAUGUUACGUUGAUUUUCCAUUCAUUCAACAACUCCAUUCUUUGUUCUUGGGAAAAUCAGGAGGGAAAUGGAAAAAUUCCAAACAAAAGCUUUGUUCCUUAAAUAAACAAUGGACAUAAAACAUAUACAAAUAAAGUUUAAUAAAAAGAAAAGUGUAUUGAUCACGAGGAAAAAGUCAAUGAAUUUUCCAGUAGACCACCGACAGGAAAAUGGAUUUUUCAUUCGAUUUUUAUCCCCACGACAACAACAUAAAUCUAGAAAUGAAUGAUUGAAUUAAAAAUUUGUAUGUUUGCGAGUGCGUGAGAUUAUUGAUUGAUAAUCCCAAGGUAUAAUGAUUAACAUUAACAAUAAACAGAUAGUAGAUUAUACUAAUGAAUAAUGCCGUUGUAAAACGAUGCUUGCGCACGAGAAUCGACGUAAUUGAGUGGUGGAGAAAAAAUCAUGAAAAUUAAUGAAUUAACUAUUGAGAAGAUCGAUUGAAUAAACUUUUUAUAUGAAAGAAAUGAACAAUUUCCUAGAAUGCGAUUUUUAAUCAACAGAAAGAUUAUAAAACAUUUGAUAAUAAAAUCAGCAUAAUUGAAAUUGCUAUCGAUACGAAAACUAUUGUACAAAAUUAUUGAAUUAAUUAAACUGGAGGUUUUUUUGUCGAUGAAAGUGAUUAAUACGGAAUAUCCCAGAGUGUUGGACACGUAUGCAUGUAGCUCAUAAUUAACAAUAUUGCCUUGAAUCUGUAAAUAAACUUGAUAACUUCCGACUAAUCGAGUCCCCCAUCUUCAGAGAGAGAAAAAAAUUGGUGAAAGGAUGGAGAUUAAGAAAAAAUGAAUAAGUUAUAUCGAAGAGGUCCCGUCGAAUAAAUUUAUUGUUUUAUUUCUCACGAAAUAAAUAAUAACAAUCAAAUGCUUGCCGCAAUGAAGUAACCGUUGAUUUAUCGAUCGUUCCUUGUGUAGAAGAAUUUUUUUUCAUUGAUUGUCUUGAUAAACACAGGACGAUCAAAUGGGGCGUGGCUUCGUCGUAUAACACCGAGGUGACAUUAUCAUUAAUGGGGUGAUAAUGAAAUUGUGAAGAUAAUUCAUGAUGAACCAUUGUAAUUACCCGAUAAAUCCUCUUUCCCACCUCCAAACAUGUCCAGUUUGCUCUGUGAUUCUGUGUUUAAUAAAACGAGAAAAAAUAUAUAUAUGUUUGAUAAU